AUGUCCUUUAUCGGUCUACAUUUUGGUAACACAUCUACUUCUAUUGCCGUCACAAAAGGUGAUGGUAAAGUCGACGUCAUCGCAAGUCCCGACGGUGAAAGGGCCAUUCCAUCUGCUCUCUCUUACGUUGGAACAGAUGAGUACCAUGGUGGUCAGGCUUUAGCUCAAUUGAUUAGAAACCCACAAAAUACUAUCAUAAACUUUAGAGACUUUGCUGGCGUCUCCUUUGACAAGGCCGUUCUUCCCGAAAUUGUAAACUCUGCCAAGGCAAUUAACGUUGAUGGCAAGGUUGGUUACGAAAUCGAAGAGGAUGGUAAAACGACCAAGAUCACUGUAGAUGAGGUCAUCAAGAGACACUUUCAGCAAAUCAAGGCUGCUGCUGAGGACUACAUAGGAAACAAAGUUGAAGGUGUCGUUUUAACCACCCCUACCAACUUUUCAGAUGAGCAGAAAAAGGCACUAAAGAGCGCCACCAAGGAGGCAGGAUUAAAUGUUCUACAGUUCAUCAACGAGCCUUCUGCUGCUUUGUUGGCUCAUCUGACCGCCAAUAACAAAUUGGAAGAGGAUAGAAUAUACGUCGUGGCUGAUUUUGGUGGUGUCAGAUCUGAUGCUGCUGUAAUCACUGCAAGAGGAGGAAUCUUCACUAUAUUGGCCACGGAGCACAACUUUGAACUUGGAGGUGACCAACUGGACGCUGCUCUUUCAGAAUUCUUUGCCAAAGAGUUUGAGAAGAAAUACAAAGCUAACCCAAGAAAGACUCAACGUUCCCUAGCUAAGCUGAAGAGUGAAUGUAUCACCACCAAGAAGACUCUGUCCAACGUGCAAAGUUCCACUAUUUCUAUCGACUCUUUAUCCGAUGGCUUUGACUUCCACUCAUCUAUCAACAGACUGCGUUAUGAAGUCGUUGCUAGGGAUAUCUUUUCCAAGAUGGCUGCUUUCGUUGAGGAAACUGUCCGUAAAGCUGGAUUGGAAACUUUAGAUAUCGACGAAGUGCUACUUGUUGGAGGUACUUCUAAUACUCCCAGAUUGGCUUCUAAUGUUCAAUUCAUCUUCCCAGAAUCAACUGUCGUUGUGUCCCCAGCUUUAGACUCCAAGGCUCUUGACCCAAGUGAGUUAAUCUGUCGUGGUGCUGCGUUGCAAGCCGCUCUGAUUGAAUCCUAUGACGAGGAUGAGAUUAACCAAUCAUUGCAACCCGUUGUAGUUAACCUUGAACACAUUGCCAAGCCAAUUGGUCUCAAGAAUGCUGAUGGUGAAUUCAUCCAAAUAAUAUCUAGAGAAACUGCCUACCCAAUCAAGAGAUCCUUAACAUUUGAUACCCCAGGAGAUGUUUUGAUCGAACUGUAUGAAGGUGAGAGGACCAUCGAAGAAUCGACUGUUGAACCUGAAGAAGGCGAGGAGGAAUACAGUGAUGAAGAGCCUGAAGUGUUGAAGAAAGUUGUGUAUGUUCCUGGACAACUGCUUGCUCAGAUACCUUUCAAAGGUGAGACUGCCAAUGGCAAGUUAGAGGUCAUUGUCAGAAUUACUGUAGAUGGUCUACUACAAGCUACUGUUAGAUCUGGCGAUAAGGUUGAGAGAGUUGAUGUUCAUUCGACUUAA